AUGAUUACCUCUUGGGAUGUGGACACUGUGGGUGAUGAUGUCCUGUCACAACCUCCACCCUUGUCCCCAGUGAUUAAAUGUGACAACCCGGACUGUAAGGAAUGGAGGAUGGAUGCAAACAGAAUGAAGGCUCAGAGGGACAUAUAUGCUGCUGAGGUGAAAUCCCUGCGCUGCAUGCUGCAGCAGAGGAUUAAACGUAACCGAAAGAGGAUGAACCAGAGGGCCGAGGACCAAGAGCGGGUGUUUCUAAGGAAACGAUCCCGAACAGAGUCAACACCAAAGAGGCUGUCCAAGUCCAAAGCGGCAGGGGCCGGGGGAAUCGAAUGCGGGACAUUACAUUCCCACGCAUCAUGGAGAAGUAUCUGCAAGGCUACCGGGGACCAUUAUGAGGGCAUCGAUCCAACAGUGAGGCUCCAAGAAAACGCAGUCUCCAAAAUAAGCAGAGUCAAAUCAUUCCUAAGCUUCAUGGCACACGGUUUCAAUCGCCUGUCUGACUGGCUCUUUUUGAGGGAUCUGAAGAGGAUACGUGGGUGGUCCCGGAGCCUGAUAAAGUCAAGCCUACAGGUCACGACAUCUGACUUCUAUAUCAAAAAUAUAUCACACUUUCUCAAGUACAUGAAUGAAACACCAUGCAAGGGGAGCAGGCUCAACCAGAAUGACAUGAUUUUAAUCACACGGGAAGUUGCUGCCAUCCUGAAGUCCAUGAGAAGGAAGGUGUGUAUCCACCAGAUGCAGGUGAAGCGGGACAAGAUGGAAGGUCUGCCAAGCCAUAAAGACAUCAUGGCAUGUUUGACUGCGGCCAAAACUCGCAUCCCUCAGCUCCUGGACGUGAUGACCAGCAAUCCGACUCACGCAACCCGGAGCCUGCUCUAUGGGUACAUGACCCUCAAUUGGAGCUGCAUUUAUGGGCACCGUCCGGGGGUCUACUCCAACAUGACCAACACGGAGGUCCUAAAGGCGGAGAUAACUGGCACUGCCUUUGGCCACCUCAUCCACGUAAGCAACCACAAGACGGCCAACGCGUUCGGGGAAGCGCAGAUGUACCUCACCAUAGAAGAAUUUGGAUGGAUGAAGAGGUGGCUGGAAAUCAAGGGGACGCUGACCGGCACCAACAACCGCUACUUCCUCUGCAUAGCGGGGAAGAACCCAUCGAGGAACCUUGCCACCUUCCUGAGGUUAGCAUGGGCUGAUGUUGGACUAAAAGGUCCCAUUAACUUCACCGACCUCCGCACAGUCCACGCCGAUAAUGCGAAGAGGUUUCAGGACAUAAGCAACCGCCAAAGAGUGAGUGAUUUCAUGUGUCACAACACUGCAACUGCAGACAAAUGUUAUGCCAAGAAUCCUUCUUUGAAAGAGGCUGCGGACAUACGAAUGCUCUUCACAGAGUCACUGCAAGCAGCGGCCGCAGCAGCAUCAGGGGUGAGUGAAGACAAUUUGGGGGACAUUGACAUCCACAGUGACCGUGACAGCUCUGGAGAGGAGCAUAGCCCUACUCCCUACCAAGACUCCACCAAUACCGAGACGUCAGAUGAAGAAUUAUACAAAGACUUCAACGCUUGGAGAGCGGCGAAGAGGGAACAGUCAAUGGCCAGACACGGGUGA